AUGUCGCAACCCACCCCAGACCACCUAAAGGAGAAUCCUACAUCUCCCAACGCCAUCCCCAAACGCUCCUCCUCAACGGGCUUUGUGAAUGGCGUAAACCAUCAACCCUCGAAAUCAGUGUUGAAGCCUCUCGCAGAAGACUCGUGGAUGUCCUCCUCAAAAUACGCGACCCUCAUGGCGCCUGCGAGUGAAUCACAGCCCGUGGCCGAGCAUGCAAACGGCGUGCGGCGAGCACACUCGAGGAAGAAAUCAAAACCAGAAGACGAACCGAGACGGCUAGCAGAAUGGAACUCGGCGAAAGAAAAGGUCAUCAUGGGACCAUACGACUACCUCAUGGCCCAUCCAGGCAAGGACAUCCGCUCGGCCUUGAUCAAGGCCUUCGAUGAGUUCCUGCAUGUUCCGCCGCUGUCGAUGGCGGUUGUCACCAAGGUCGUCGGCAUGCUCCACACCUCGUCACUGCUCAUCGACGAUGUGCAAGAUAAUUCGCAACUCCGCCGCGGCGUACCCGUCGCACACAACAUCUUCGGCACGGCUCAGACCAUCAACAGUGCCAACUAUGUCUACUUUCUUGCCUUGAAGGAACUACAGAAUCUCGAGAACCGGGACGAGGCGAUGGAGAUAUUCACCAACGAGCUACUUAACCUGCACCGCGGGCAAGGCAUGGACCUCUACUGGCGCGACACCCUCACAUGUCCAACCGAAGACGACUACCUAGAAAUGGUACAGAACAAGACAGGCGGCCUGUUCCGCCUCGCUGUGAAACUCAUGCAAGCCGAGUCACCCGAAAAGGGCCGCGUCGACUGCGUACCCCUCGUCAACUUGAUGGGUCUGGUCUUCCAGAUCUGCGACGACUAUCUAAACCUCUCCUCAGGACUGUAUACACAAAAUAAGGGCUUCUGUGAGGAUUUGACCGAAGGCAAAUUCUCGUUUCCGGUCAUCCACUCCAUCAGGUCGAAUCCAGGCAAUCUACAACUGAUCAACAUUCUGAAGCAAAAGACUACGGACGAAGAAGUGAAAAGGUACGCCGUCAAGUAUAUGGAGUCCACUGGGAGUUUCGAAUAUAGCCGGAAGGUGAUUCGGGAUCUGAAGUUGAAAGCCACGGAGCUGAUCAAGGACAUGGACGGGGGCACAGGGAAGGGCGAUGGCGUUAGGAAGAUCUUGGAGAGGAUGGACAUUGAGCAAUGA